UGCAGCUCUGUCCGACACACUCAUCGUGGAGACAGUGGGCAGCCUGGAAGUUGGCCAGAGAGGCUCUGUGAGAUGUACGGUCCCCAAAGUCUACCCUGCUCAAGUGGAGGUGGAGUGGCUGAAAGGAACAACGUUGCUGAAGACCGACAGCUUCCGUGACUACACGGAGGUAGAAACGGCGAUGAACUUCACCUACGAACUGACGGCCGAAUUGCGAGACUCAGGACAAGAGCUGACAUGCCGAGUGCAAUUACUCACGGAGAACCAACCACGCAAGGCCGAGGGGACGCUAACGUUACAGGCUCACUGUGCUCCCACAGAGAUUGACAUUACUGCAGAGCCCUCUGCCACAGUGAGAGAGGGUCAGGAUGUUCGGCUAACCUGUGCUGCAGACAGCAGCCCCGCUGCCACGAUAGUGUGGAGCACGUUAUCUGCCGGCAACUGGUCAGUCGUGGCCGAGGACCGAGCGAUUCUGCACCUGUCACCGGCCCUGUUCGGGGACACGGGAAUGUACCGCUGUGAAGCCGGCAAUAAACUGGGGACAAUCACCAAGGAGGUGGAAGUCCACGUUCAAGGUAUCUCCGAAGGCUCCUGA